AUGGAGAAGGUAAGGGGAAUUGAGCCCAUUCCUCUGUUCACAGUGAAGAAUGGCAUAGAGAACCCAGGACUGGAGUUCAUGGAAGGAGGAAAUCCUGAAGGAAGCAAGAGCACCCAGGGGUACAGCAUGAGGGGCAACCUGGGGCCUCUCUCUUACCCAAGGAGACAUCUACAACCUUUCGUUAAGGCAAGAAGUUUCUUGGAGAGACAUACCAGCUUAUUCAAGAAGAUCCUGUUAGGCCUGUUGUGUUUAGCAUAUGUUGCCUACUUCGUGGCGGCUUGCAUCCUGAAUUUCCAGAGGGCGUUGGCAUUGUUUGUCAUCACAUGUUUUGUUGUCUUUGUCCUGGCAUCCCACUUUCUGAAAAAGUUCUUUGGUAAAAAAUUGAUAAGAUGUCUGAAGCCCUUUAAAAACUCCCGCCUGAAACUUUGGAUGAAAUGGGUGUUCUCAGGAGCCUCCUUUGUUGGCCUUAUCCUGUGGCUGGCUCUAGACACAGCCCAAAGGCCAGAGCAGCUGAUCUCCUUUGGAGGAAUCUUUAUGUUCAUCCUCAUCCUCUUUGCCUGCUCCAAACACCACAGUGCAGUGUGCUGGAGGACAGUGUUUUGGGGCCUGGGUCUUCAGUUUGUCUUUGGGAUUUUGGUCAUCAGAACUGAGCCUGGCUUUAAUGCAUUCCAGUGGCUGGGAGAUCAGAUCCAGAUUUUCCUGCAGUACACUGUGGAGGGUUCCAGUUUUGUUUUUGGUGAUUCACUGGUCCAAAAUGUCUUUGCUUUUCAGUCCUUACCAAUCAUUAUUUUCUUUGGAUGCGUGAUGUCCAUUCUCUACUACCUGGGUCUUGUGCAGUGGGUAGUUCAGAAGAUUGCCUGGUUUUUGCAAAUCACCAUGGGUACCACUGCUGCAGAGACCCUCGCUGUGGCAGGAAACAUCUUUGUAGGAAUGUCAGAGGCUCCUCUGCUCAUCCGUCCCUACCUUGCAGACAUGACUCUCUCUGAAAUUCAUGCAGUGAUGACUGGAGGGUUUGCCACCAUUGCAGGCACUGUGUUGGGAGCCUUCAUAUCCUUUGGGAUUGAUGCAUCAUCCUUGAUUUCUGCCUCAGUGAUGGCUGCCCCUUGUGCUCUUGCCUUGUCCAAGCUGAUGUAUCCAGAAGUAGAAGAGUCCAAGUUUAAGAGCAAGGAGGGAGUGAAACUGCCUCCUGGGGAGGAGAGGAAUAUUCUGGAAGCUGCCAGCAAUGGAGCCACAGAUGCCAUAAGCCUUGUUGCUAAUGUAGCAGCCAACCUGAUUGCCUUCUUGGCUGUGUUGGCCUUUGUCAACGCUACCCUCUCCUGGCUGGGGGAAUUGGUGGAUAUACACGGGCUCACUUUCCAGGUCAUCUGCUCCUAUGUCCUGAGGCCUAUGGUUUUCAUGAUGGGCGUAGAGUGGGCAGACUGUCCACUGGUGGCUGAGAUAGUGGGAGUCAAAUUCUUCAUAAAUGAGUUUGUAGCCUAUCAGCAACUGUCUCAAUACAAGAACAGACGUCUCUCUGGAGUUGAAGAGUGGAUCAAUGGCGAGAAACAGUGGAUUUCUGUAAAAGCUGAAAUUAUUACAACAUUUUCCCUCUGUGGAUUUGCCAACCUUAGUUCCAUAGGCAUCACACUGGGAUGCUUGACAUCAGUGGUGCCUCAGAGGAAGAGCGACUUCUGCAAAAUUGUGGUCAGGGCCCUCUUUACAGGGGCUUGUGUAUCCUUUAUCAGUGCCUGCAUGGCAGGAAUCCUCUACGUUCCCAGGGGAGCUGAAACUGAUUGUCUCUCAUUCCUGAAUACAAGUUUCACCAAUAGAACCUAUGAGACGUAUACAUGCUGCAGUGGGCUUUUCCAGAGUACGCGGCUGAACGGUACCAACCCACCUUCCUUCUCAGGUCCCUGGGAAGACAAGGAAUUCAGUGCCAGGGCCUUGGCAAACUGCUGUGAAUUCUACACCAGUGCUGUCUGCUUCUAA